AGCCCUGCUGGAUCGGAAACACAUUGACUGCAACCAUGUCGGUACUUCCAAGCACUACUGCCAACUGCAUGGCUUCAGCCGUCCGAAGUCCUGCUCCCGAGCGUGAAACAUUCCAAAACUUCUUUGAAUGCUGGCUUGUAGAGCAAAACCAACAUCUCCAAGAGCUCAUUGCUGCAUCCCAACAACACCACAGCACUGCGGAUGACGACAGCCUGUGCUCCCUCAUCAAAAGAGUGUUGGAGCAUUAUGAGCAUUAUUACAAGGCCAAGGCCAGGUGGGGUAAGGAAGAUGUGUUGGCCAUGUUAUCACCUUCUUGGACCAGCACGUUCGAGGAUGCUUUUCUUUGGAUUGGCGGGUGGCGACCCAUCAUGGCUUUUCACUUGCUCUACUUCAAAUCAGGGCUGCAACUGGAAGACCAACUCAACGAGCUCAUUCGCGGGAUGGGAAGGGGAGAUUUGGGUGAUCUCUCACCAUGCCAGCUCUCAAGGAUCGAUGAGUUGCAGGCAAAGACUAUCAAGGAGGAGAAAGAGGUGACCGAGAAGAUGGCAAAGCAUCAAGAGACGGUGGCGGACUCGUCCAUGCUUAAGUUGAACCAUUUGGUAUCUGGAAAUGAUGAGGAACGGGGAUGGGGAAGGUGUGGGAGUGGAGAAGGAGAGUCAGCGAUGGAGUGCAAGGAGGAAGGAUUGAAGGAGAUGUUGCAAAGGGCUGAUGAUCUCAGGCUGAGAACGCUGAAAGCUGUCAUUGACAUAUUGACUCCAAUCCAGGCUGUCCAUUUCCUGAUAGCUGCUGCACCUAAGGAUUCAUGAAUGGGGCAAGCAGAGAGAUGAUAAGCAUCAUCGUCGUAGCCAUAGCGCCGGUGCCCAAAGCCACUAGCAUCCAAUUCGCUGGCAAAUUGGCCAAAACGAAUCAGAGUUAGCUUCUUCUUGAAAUAUCGAAAUAUCAGAGUCUAGUAUUUCUGAAUCGAAAGUAUCAUUACUUUACUCAAUUUCUUUGGGUUUAUGUAAUAUUUAUCAACUAAUGAUCAUCAUCU